GUCUUCUCCUUUACUUGAAUUCUUCUCUUUCCGCUGCUGAUCAGAGCGACGGAUAGAGACCGCCGCCGCGUGGGGCCCACCGACGUCCCGACCGUACAAAAAGUCAUUGCCGACGGGUUCUUGAGUUUUCGGUUUCAGUUUGGUCCUCCGAUUUCCGCUGCUUUUGGAAUCUCGAUACUUUCGAUUGGGGGAUCGGCGGUCGGAGAUCCAGGGUUUUGCGUGUAUUUGAUCGAUCGGGGUAUUGGAUUAGGGUUUUGGCGUGAUUGGCAAUGAGAUGACGAUGACGACGAUGAUGGGUUGGCAUGGAUGAGGUCGCUUUGAUAAAAAAAAAAAAUACCAUGUACCUUGCUCGAGAAGCUUCCAAGUUAUGGAGGAAGAUCGCAUCAGAAACGUCCGUGGAGUUUCAGAUUCUCUUGGAGAAGUGGCAGCUUCUGCUCGCAGGAAUUGUCUUUCAGUAUAUUCAUGGUUUGGCAGCUCGAGGAGUUCAUUAUUUACACCGACCUGGACCUGUUCUCCAGGAUCUUGGGUUCAUGAUCCUUCCGGAACUUGGGAUAGAGAAUUCUUACAUUAGUGAGACAGUAUUCACCAUCAUCUUUAUCUCAUUCGUAUUGUGGACAUUUCACCCUUUCAUUUAUCAUAGUAAACGCUUCUAUACAGUUCUACUUUGGCGGAGGGUCUUGGCUUUUUUAGUUGCUUCUCAGUUCUUACGGAUUAUUACAUUUUAUUCUACUCAACUUCCUGGGCCUAACUAUCACUGUCGCGAGGGUUCGAAACUUGCCACAUUGCCCCGCCCUAGCAACGCGUGGGAAGUGCUUCUUCUCACUAACUUUCGUCGGGGUGUCCUAUAUGGUUGUGGUGAUCUGAUAUUUUCAUCCCACAUGAUAUUCACUCUUGUCUUUGUGCGUACUUACCAUAAAUAUGGUUCUAAGAGGUUUAUCAAGACUCUUGCGUGGAUGAUGUCUGUCAUUCAGAGUCUGCUUAUAAUUGCUUCUCGCAAGCAUUACUCGGUGGAUGUUGUCGUUGCAUGGUACACUGUAAAUUUGGUGGUAUUUUUUGUUGACAAGCAGCUAUCAGAAAUGCCUGAUCGAACCGGUGGAGCUGCCCCAUUGUUGCCACUGAGCACCAAAGAAAAAGACAGAGCUAAAGAGGAGAACCACAAGCUAUUGAAUGGGAAUUCUGGCGAUACGGCUGAUUGGAGACAGCGAACCCAGAUGAACGGGAAGCAUUUAGAAAACGGGAACCAUGCGACAGCAAUAAAUGGUACAUAAUCUUGGAAGUACGUUCUAAUUGGUGAAGCGCUCAAGAUGCCGCGCAAAUCUCUGCAGAUUCUAAAGCCUUUGGCCAAAGCGGGAAGCAUCCUGGUGUUCCAUAAUUCGUUGGUUGUGGCCGAAGGCCUGCCAACAUCCAACAUGUAACUUAAAAGAGAAGACCAUGCAUGGGUUUCCAUAUUAGUGCGGUUUUUCUUCCAUCUUUUUCGUCGUGCCGCUAAUCAAGUGUAUAAUGACUUAAUUUUGUGCAGCUUAAGAGUAGUUCAGUUGUAGUUCAACGUGAUUUCGCAUUUGAGCUCCAGUGCUCACACCAAUUGCGGCUGCAAUGCGAAUGCUGUGAAGGUUAAAAAGUGUGAGAGAUCACGAGAAAGCUCCAGGUUUUUCUGGUAUUUGUGUUGAAAAGAGCCCACCGGGUGUAUUUUGCUUCAUGUUGUUAGUUAUAAUCUUCUUCUGCAUCGGUAAGGGGAUGCGUUAUUUAUGAGGGUGGAUUUCUUCUAGAAAAGUUUUGUGCAAAUUUUAAUAAUAACAAGAAUCGCAUCUUUC